CCCGGGAGAAACCCACGUGUUUCCCCUGUCACUCUCGUAUUACGCGUGCGACAGCCGACGAGGGACGGUGCGUCAGUGUCAGCUGCAACAGUGCCAUCGUUUGACGUUUUGAUUUGAAUUGAUUCGAGAUGGAAGCGUCAAUAUUUAAAGUGUUCUGAAUCGACCUGAUGUAUUAGAAUAUAUUAGACACUUCAAGAAUCACCACUACAACUUCCUUGGAUUGUGAGAAUUGCUACAACUUCUCUGGGUUGUGAGAAUAAGUGUUGUGACAGACAUCACCAAACAGAUUCAAAUAUAUAUUUCCUGGAACUAUAAUUGAAUAUACAAGAUUUUGAUCUACUUCAAGAAUCACUCUUACAACUUCCUUGGGUUGUGAGAAUUACUACAACUUCCUUGGGUUGUGAGAAUAAGUGUUGUGACAGAGAUCAUCAAAUAGAUUCAAAUAUAUAUUUCCUGGGACGACAAAUUAAAUAUGCAAGCUAUUAGCCACUUCAAGAAUCACUAUAACUUCCUUGGGUUGUAAAAUCACUACAACUUCUCUGGGUUGUGAGAACAAGUGUUGUGGCAGAGAUCAGGAUUAUAAUAUAUCUACUUGAGAUCAGUUAUUGAGAAUAUAAGUAGAGGGUUAUAUGGGUUUCUAAGUAGCCAUUACUUAAGAUAAAGUGCAGAGAGAUACUCACUUAUAACCAGGGAUUGAAUCGCUUUCAAAUAAGUGAAUACUUACAAUAACCAAUAAGUGUCAUCUUCAAACAACCGUAAACAAAAUUGAGAUACUAAAUUCACAAAAAAUCCAAUAGAUUUAUUCCUUAACCAAACUUAACCUAAUAAAAUAAAAAAAACUUUAUUAAAAAUUCAAUAAAUUUAUUGUUCAACCAAACUCAACCUUUGAUGCAAAACUAUUUUUAAAAAUAAUGAAAUAAAAACUCAAAAACCAAUAAAUUUAUUCUUCAAGGAAACUCAACCAUUAGUAACUCAAAAAACUACAAUAAACUCAAAAACAAAAAUCAGCCCUCCCCCUAGAAAAAUAGACAAAUAGAUUCUCCAACCAAACUCAAAUUGGUAAAACUCAAAAACUAAAAAAAAAAAAACAACUAAAAAAACUCAAAAAACUAAAAAAAUCUAUAAAAAAAACUCCAAAUACUAGAAAAUUUUAAUAAACUAAAAAAGAAAACUGAAAAAGACAACUAAAAACUCAAAAAAUCUAAAACUCCCAAAAAACUACAAAAAAAACUAACAAGGAAAAACUAAAAAAAUACUCAAAACUCAAACAAACUAAAAAAUAAACUAAAAAACUCAAAAAAAUAAAAAUAAAAAAAAAAAAAAACUCAAGAUGUACGGCGUGGAGAACAUGGGCAUGGAAGCCGUGAACAGGCAGUGGUGGUCGUCUUCAGGGUAUGCGGAGUGGGAUGCCCCUCUUUCCUCUGCCUCGCCCAUCUCCUCCUGCAGUUCCACCGACACGUGGGCGCCCUGGAGUUCUCCUCAUAAGAGUACCCAGCUGGGCUCUCAGCACCUUCAGGAGGAUUCGCUGGUGGCGUCCAACGUGAGGGAACACAGAAGGAGGAGGCGAAUGUGCCCCCUGGCGCAAGUCAGGCAGAGGCAGGCGGCCAAUAUGCGCGAGCGCAGGCGCAUGGCCUCCAUCAACGACGCCUUCGAGGGGCUCCGCGCGCACAUCCCGACGAUGCCCUACGAGAAGCGGCUCUCGAAGGUAGACACCCUGAGGUUGGCUAUUGGCUACAUCACCUUUCUCUCGGACAUGGUGGAAACUAGCUCGGCUAACCACCCAAGCGACCCAGCGGCUAAUAAUAACAACAACAACAACAAUAGCAACAACAACAACAAGGUGGUUGUGAAGAGUCAGCUCGACGCUUACCACGGGCAAGAGGGCACCAUGGCCCACACCUUCACCGAAUUAUCCUGGGCACCUCAGAGACAAGAGGUCAUCAACGGCCGAGUGGCUACGUCACUGUGGACCCCAGCGGACUCCCUGACGAACUGAACUCGCAGACGCCGCGCCAGAAUGCUGAUCGCAGUCGAUGAUCUCUCUGGGUUUGUCUUGCUGUGAAAGGCGACAGGAUUGAAUCUAAGAUUGUGUUUUGUUUAAGAGAAAAAAUGGAACACUGAGGAAUUAACUGAGUUCUGAAGCUAAGAUCUUCAUUCUGUUUUGCGUUUGAAAAUACAGAAGUUUGGAACAAGAACAAAGAGGAAUUAACUGAGUUCUGAAGCUGAGAUCUCGUUUGUGUUUGAAAAGAAGGAAUCUAUGAUCUCCUUUGUGUAUUUCGUUUGAAAAUACAGAAGUUCCGAACACAAACACCGACGAAAUAACUGAAUUCUGAAGCUAAGAUCUCGUUUGUGCUUUGCGUUUGAAAAUACAGAGGUUUGGAGCUGGAACAUCUAAGAAUUAACUGAGUUCUGAAGCCAAGAUCUCUUUCGUGUUUUGCGUUUGAAAAUACAGAAGUUUGGAACUGGAACAUCGAAGAAUUAACUGAAUUCUGUAGCUAAGAUCUCCUUUGUGUUUUUCGUUUUGAAAAUACAGAAGUUCGGAACACAAACACCGAGGAAUUAACUGAGUUCUGAAGCCGAAAUCUCCUUUGUGUUUUGCGCUUGAAAAGAAAAUAUUGAAAUGAAUCUGAAGGUGAAAAAAAAAAAAAAGUGUAUUAUAAAAAGGUUUAAAAUUCGCCAUCUUUUUCACACAUUAAAAAACAACAAAAAACUAAGUAAAACUCGAAGCUGAAAUCACCAUUAAUCAUUUGUCUGAAAAACGCCAAAUUUGAACUAUAUAAGUUCGUAACAUUUGAUAGUGUUACUUAUAUUGGCGUCAGAGCUAUGAUAAUAUGAAUGGUGCGCCGAUAUAGCGGUUAAUAUCUUCGGUAAUGUUCAAAGUUAGUUUAUAUGGAAAAUCCCAUCCACUACUACUACUACUACUACGACAACGUCUUUGUUUACAUGAAGAGCCGAUACAAAGAUUGACCAACUAUAUAGGUAUACGACACUUAAAAUAUUGCUCACACGGCAAGCCGACAUAGAGGCUUAUAAACCCCUCUGCCACUAUUGUACUUAAAAGCAUUCAAAGUUUUCAUUUUUACCCUGACAACGAAGCUGGCAUAGCAUCUAGAGAGCUAAAAUGAUUAGCAAAUCUUCCCUUAGUGCUCAAAAUAUACUAGGAAGUCGACCUUUGCCCAAUUAACUUCUAGUCAGUAAUGGAUGAAUUAGCGUCUCCGGCGAGAUUGGCUGUCAAUGGCGUACGCCAAACGGAGUUUUUGGGUAAUAUCGGAUGGGCGUCUUGGUCCCUCUUCCUAACCAGCUACCACCGCGCAACAGGCAAGAUCUACGGAGACCCGUAUUCAUUCAUUUACGAAGUGUAUCAAUACACGGUACCAAUUUUGUUUCCUCUGAAGGAGUAUUUUUUUUUUUUGCCAAUUUUGAGAAUCUAGUCCUGUUUUAGACGUAGGAUUUGAUAGAUAGGAGUCAUCUAUAUGUCCCACCUGCUCAAAACUAAACGUGUUUUUGUGGUUUCACGAGUUACAAUCACUUAGUAGAAGGUCAAAACUGGUAGGAAUUUAUGAAUAUAUUCCAGUAGGCUGACUAUUAUUCUUCCCAGCGUGUAUGUGCCCUCAUACAUUCAAAAUUCAUAUUGAUUUUUAUAAGUUUAAUGAGGAUUUCAAUGUCAAAUCUUAAGGAAAAUCAUUAUUUUCGUUUUAAUUGUUUUUAAAAGCCGUAACUGAAUGCCUGUAUCAUGCCCAGAUCCGAAAUUUGGAAUUCUCUUCCAUCUUUCUUUUUAACAGUUUCCUAUAGCCUUCCUUCCUCCAAGAAGCAGGAGUUCUAUAGCUUUUUUCCUUUUAUCUUAAAUAUCGUCUCUCCGUCAGACCUGGGCUGCAUAUGGACACUUGGUUACUCAUUCAGACAAAAAAAAUAAGGCAUUACUGUAA